AUGGAUGUCGUCGGCAAAUUUGUCCUGUUGGGAGCUAACCUCAUUCUCUCCCGUUUUAUCUGGAACUACUUACGACCUCCAUUGAAGUCGUUUCCUGAGCCAUUUAACGCCAAAUUAACAAAUUUAUGGAGGCUUCAAGUCGUGUUCAAGGGUCGUUGUGACAUCACGCAUAAUGAGCUUCACCGAAGACAUGGACCUGCAGUCUGCAUAGGUCCCAAUGUGCUAAGUCUCCCCGAUUCUACGUUGAUCAACCAGGUGUAUUCUACCAGAGAUCCAUGGGCUAAGAGUGACAUGUACAAUGUGAACGACUCGGUAGUUUCCGGCGUUCGUAUCAAGAAUCUCUUCUCGCAUCAAGAUGAGCAGUGGCAUACCAACGCAGAACAGUAUCAAGAGCGCCUUACCGGGGGGGAACAAUCGCAAAAUGGCUAUGGGGACUUUCUAGAUCGAUACAUCGAGGCGAAGGGCAAGAUGCCGGAUAUCGUGGACGAAAAUGUCGUCCAGAUGUACCUACUCUCCAAUAUAGUAGCGGGUAGCGACACGACAGCAAGUGCCAUUUGCGCGGCAGUCUAUUAUGUACUGAAAAACACAGCUGUGUACAACCGUCUGCAGGAGGAACUUCGGGGAACCAAUCUAUCCACGCCACCCCAGUGGAAGGAGGCUCGGAGUCUCCCUUAUCUUGACGCCGUCAUGCGGGAAGCUAUGCGCGUCCAUCCAGGCGUUGGGCUCUUGCUCGAGAGAAUUGUUCCAAGGGAUGGAUUAACACUAUCGGGUGGGCGCUUUGUCCCAGAAGGCACCAUUGUCGGCAUGAAUCCCUGGGUCGUCAAUCGCGACAGUACCGUUUUCGGGUCCGAGCCUGAUUCGUUCAAGCCUGAGCGGUGGCUUCCGGCGGAGGCGGAGGGCGAGGAUGACGAGGCGUAUCAGACUAGAUUUUCGAAGAUGAAAAGUACAGAUCUUACUUUUGGUGCAGGACCACGAGCAUGUCUGGGAAGGCACAUCUCCCAGUUGGAGAGUUACAAAAUUGUUGCGACGCUAUUCACGAAUUUCGAUGUCGAGCUCAAAACACCUGACUAUGAGUGGGAAGUGACCAAUUCCUGGUUUGUGAGGCAGAAAAAUAUUCCCGUUAUAAUCAAAGAAAGAAAGUCUUGA